AUGGUGAACACGGGCAAGGAGGACGAACGCUACGAGAUCCAGGACAUCCUGCACUACGGCGAAUUCGGCGACAUCUACCGCGUGCGCAACACGAAAAGCCGCCAGUACCAUCAGCUGAGAACCGAGCUCGUCAGCCCGCCCGAGACACAUCAGCAGUAUGAGGCUCUCGCCGCCCUCUUCCAAGAGUUUUUGCUGCGCGACAACGGCAAGCAGCUCUGGCGUUUCCCAACCGUGGUCAACGCCGGCCAGGACGACGACUUCAAGUUCUUGGUGACGAAGACGCUGGGGCGGACGGUGCACGAGGUCCGCCGCUACUACGUCAAGAAGAACUUCACGGCCCACGACGCGCUGCACGUCAUCACGCACAUGUACUUUGCCAUCGAGUAUCUCCACCAGCUCGGCUAUGUGCAUGGCAACCAGCAGAUCCCGGAGCCGAUCGCGCUGCAGUGCAAGGAGCAAUUCUUCCAGGGCGGAGAAAAGAUCACCAACGACUUCUUCGAGGACACCCCCAAGGAGAUGAAGGCGCUCGUGCCCCAGAUUGACGCGCUAGCCUUCGACCACGUGCCCAACUAUGACGCGUUCCGCGGGGUGCUGACCGCGCUGCGCGAGAAGCUGCCGCAGGGCAAGGCGCCGAAAUGGGCAGGCCACUCGAGGACCAACGUCUACCCGGGCCCCAAGCGCCCUACUGUCAAGGCCACGAAGAAGAAGUCGAAGAAGAAGAAGGGCAACCAGAGCCGCGAGCAGACCGAGGACGAGGAGGACGAGGAGGAGGAGUCGCAGGUGAACAAGAAGAGGAAGAAGAAGUCGGUGAAGAAGAGCCAGGGCAAGCAGCUGAAGCGCAAGGCCUCCCGCGAAAAUGUCUCGGCCGAACAGGAGGAGGGCGAAGAGGAGGACAACUACAUCAACAUCAACCUGCUGCGAAAGGCCGUCGCCAGUCAGGAGGAGGCGGACGACGAGUCGGCGAGGAAGGCCAAGAAGGCGAAGCGGCUGAAGGGCCAGUCGUCGUACAGCAAAUUGGGCGGCGCCGGGGCCUCCUCGAAGACCUCGAUGAUGGGCAAACCGACGUCUAUCUCGGGGAGAAACGCCGAA